AUGCGCGUCUCGUCCGCUCUCACCACGCUCCUGGUUGCGAGCCUCGGAGCGGCCAGUCCGGCCGUUCCAACCAACAACACCGCGCCUGAAGUAGCCGGUCCAGCGAUUGAGAUAUCAUCCGCGACUGAGACAGCGACCAUACAGUCUCCAGCACACUCGCCGGCAGAAACGCCGGCAGCGGAGUCGCCCAGUCCUACCGCUGCGCCGGCACCAGCAACACCAUCGGCCGACUCAGCGUCUGAAAAGGGCGCUUCACCAUCUCCAGCAUCUGCAGUGUCCUCGUUCCUUUCGGCACUGGCGGGUUCUGGAGCUCCUAAAGCAACGUCAGCGUCCGCGACGUCCCCGAAAGAGACCACUGGCGCAUCACCGACCUCGAGCGGGUCGAGUCCCUCUGGUUCCUCCUCUUCUUCGUCUGGCGGAGGCGACCUGGGCGAGCUGGGAAACCUCUUGGGCUCCUUCUUGGGCGGUGGGCCGUCGGGUGGACUGGCUACCCUUCUCAGCGAUCUCGACAACUACUUGAAGGGCAUCACCGGUCUCCUGUCUCCCACCCUUUUGGAGGACAUCGAGUCGUUCUUCCACCACAUCGCAUACCUUCUCGAUGACACAACCACCCAGCAGGCCAAAUCGCUGAUUGCAACGGCAUACAACCUGCUGUCACCGGAGUUGAUCAAGGAAGUGCAGAAUCUUUUGACCAACGCCAACGCCUUGCUCACCCCUCAGUUUGUGAAUGAGACGCAAACCUUGAUCGGCCAGGUCUCGCCCAUCCUCAACGAGGUUGCUCCUCUCCUCACGCCGAAGUUCUUCAACGAACUUACGAAUAUCCUGGACAACGCCAAUGCCUUGUUGACACCCGACUUUGUCAAGGAUACUCAGUCUUUGAUCACUGAAGUGGCUCCAGUUUUGAACGACUUGAAGCCGCUCUUGAGCACGCAAUCGAUCAAUGAGAUUGAGUCUCUCCUGAACAAUGCUAAUGCUCUGUUU